AGCCGACCAGUUGCCAUGGCCCUGGGAUCUGCUGCACUAUUUGUCUUGACCCUGACUGUCCAUGUGGCUGACACAUGCCCAGAAGUGAAGGUCCUGGAUCUGGAGGGCUACAACAAGAUCACCAUCCUUCAAGGCUGCCCUGGCUUGCCUGGAGCUGCAGGGCCCAAGGGAGAGGCAGGUGCCAAAGGAGAUAGAGGAGAGAGUGGCCUUCCUGGAAUUCCUGGGAAAGAAGGACCAACUGGACCCAAAGGAGACCAAGGAGAAAAGGGAAUACGUGGAGAAAAAAGAGACUCUGGGCCCUCUCAGUCAUGUGCUACAGGACCCCGGACCUGCAAGGAGUUGCUCACCCAGGGCCACUUUCCCACUGGCUGGUAUACCAUCUAUUUGCCAGACUGCAGGCCCUUGACUGUGCUGUGUGACAUGGACACAGAUGGUGGAGACUGGACGGUCUUCCAGAGGAGGCUCGACGGCUCUGUGGACUUCUUUCGGGACUGGACCUCAUACAAGAGGGGCUUCAGCAGCCAACUAGGGGAGUUCUGGCUGGGGAAUGAUAAUAUCCACGCUCUAACCACCCAGGGAACCAGUGAGCUGCUGCUGGUGGAUCUUUCAGACUUCGAAGGCAAGCGUGACUUUGCCAAGUACAGCUCCUUCCAGACCCAGGGAGAGGCCGAGAAAUACAAGCUUAUCCUGGGAAACUUCCUUGGUGGUGGUGCUGGUGACUCUCUGACACCCCAUAACAACAGGUUAUUCUCCACCAAAGACCAAGACAAUGACGGCAGUUCUUCCAGCUGUGCCAUGGGUUACCAUGGAGCCUGGUGGUACUCCCAGUGCCACACUUCCAACCUGAAUGGCCUCUACCUGAGGGGUCCCCAUAAGAGCUAUGCAAAUGGUGUCAACUGGAAGUCAUGGAGAGGGAACAACUACAGCUGCAAGGUUUCUGAGAUGAAGGUGCUUCCCACACAGGGAGCACCCCUCCCAAACUCUUCCAUCUUCACUGCUAGCUAAGGAUGGAGUGUGCCCACCCACCCUGCUCUGCCCACUGCCCAC